AUGCUCAGUUGCUCACUAUUUGUUAACUUUAGGUUUUGUUUGGAGGAGAUUUCAUCACAAAACCAAGUAAAGGCAUCUGUUCAACGUAGGAUACGCCAGAGUAUUCAAGAUGAGUACCCAGGGCUUGAAACAGUGUUGGAGGAUCUACUUCCCAAAAAGUCUCCUCUAAUCGUAGUGAAGUGCCCAAACCAUCUGACCCUUGUUGUUGUCAACAAUGUCCCCCUCUUCUUCUGUAUCCGUGACGGACCAUACAUGCCAACACUGCGCCUUCUUCAUCAAUACCCAAAUAUAAUGAAGAGGUUUCAAGUUGAUAGAGGUGCCAUUAAGUUUGUUCUCUCUGGUGCAAACAUAAUGUGUCCUGGUCUCACCUCCCCUGGAGGCGUUCUGGAUGAAGAAGUUGACGCGGAAAGGCCAGUGGCCAUAUAUGCAGAAGGAAAGCAACAUGCUUUAGCAAUAGGCUUCACCAAAAUGUCAGCCAAGGACAUAAAGAGCAUUAACAAAGGAAUCGGAGUGGACAACAUGCAUUACCUCAACGACGGUCUCUGGAAGGUAUGCUCACUUCUCUACUCUUUUGAAAUGCAAAGUGGUCUCAUCGGGUCACAAUAA